GAUGAACGCUUUAAAUUAAUCUGUUCAGGAUUUAGUUCAAGUUGCAGCUGAUGAAAAUACAGGCUUUGGAUUACGGAACUGAAUAGAUAGAAGUGACCUGGUUGUGGGAAAUUUGGAGUAAAAUUGGCAAACAAGAUGAACGCACUGUUGUUAUGGACCGCCUUGUUCGCAAGCCCGUUGCUGGAGUUAACACAAGGAAGAGAACAAAUCCUCCUGGACACAAGAACUGCACUGUCGGAUUUAGGAUGGACGAAGUCACAAGGUUCCGAGUGGAUGGAGGUAACAGGAGACGAUGAAAAUCAGAACGAGCGUCGAAUGCUCUUUGUAUGUCAGAUCACCCAACCAAAUCAAAACAACUGGCUUCGUACGCAAUAUAUUCGGGUGGAUGGAGCAAGACGAAUUUAUGUUGAAGUACAAUUUACUAUGAGAUCGUGUGAGGAUGUGCCCAAUGUAGCGACAUGCAAGGAAACUUUCAAUCUAUAUUAUUAUGAAACUGAUAGAGACGAAGCUACAAGCACAUUCCCACCAUGGGGUGAGGGGGCUUAUGUAAAGGUAGACACGAUUGCCGCGGAUCAGCGGUUCCGUCCCGGAUCGGAUAAAGUUGUGAACUUUGAAAGGAGAAACAUUGGUCCGAUCUCUAAGAAUGGGAUUUAUCUUGCUAUCCAGGACACUGGAGCCUGCGUAGCCAUCAUGCAUGUGAAGGUUUAUUACAAAUAUUGUGGAGAAACUUUGAAGAACCUUGCUUCGUUCAGCCGAACUAUAUCCGGACCACAAGUUACAGAUCUCGUGAAAACAAGAGGCUCGUGUGUGAGGAAUGCCAUUACUGAGGACGGUCAAUACCCGAUAUAUCAUUGUGGUGGUAUUGGAAACUGGACUGUACCAACUGGGACAUGCUUUUGUACAGCGGGAUAUGAACCUAAUUACUCAAGAACCCAGUGUAACGCAUGCGCGAGGAACCGUUACAAGUCAGUUGUGAAGAACGUAGCAUGUCGUCGUUGUCCUGCGUACAGUUCAUCUAGCAAUAGGGGAGCAACUGUAUGUGAUUGUAUGAAUGGAUACUUUCGCGCGCAUGAGGAUACAGCAGACCAACCGUGUACAAAACCACCCACUAAAGUAGUGAACCUCUAUGCGGCUGUCAAUCAAAGUACAUCGGUGACGUUGAAGUGGGAAAGACCUUUAAACGAAGGCGGAAGAACUGACCUUACCUACAGUAUUGAAUGCUUCCAGUGCCAACCAGGUUUCGUUGAUUGCACGCCUUGUACUGAACGCGCUGAUUAUGAACCACAAAAGACUGGGCUUGUAGCUACACACGUAACAGUGAAAAACCUACGUUUAUUUGCAUUCUAUAAAUUCAAGGUGAUCGCCACCAACGGUGUAACUGACAUAGCCGCAGCGAGUGGUCAGCAACUUUACAACUUCGCAUUGGUAAACGUUGAGAGAAAUCAAGCAGCACCCAGCCCUGUCUUGAAUGUUCGUUCAAGCGAAAUAGACGCUACCUCAGUCCUGAUAAGAUGGGACGCCCCUACAUUAAUCAAUGGUCAUAUAUUGGAUUACGAAGUUACUGCCCAACAUAGCAAGACACGAAUGGUACUUGAACACAUCGCAUCCGGUGUUUCGAAGUCUUCGUUUAAAACCAACAGGACAAGUAACCGGUAUUGGAGGAUUGUUGGAUUGGAACCUUCAAAUGAUUACUUGAUCAAAGUAAGAGCUCGUACCAUGGCAGGAUUCGGUCCAUACAGCGUUCCAAUAAAGGUCAAGACUUUGAAUAAAUCUACAACGACAGUAGCCAUCAACUCCACAGCUGGAAGUGGACCAGAUUACUUACUUUUCGUUGCAAUCGGGGGCGGGAUACUCUUCGUUGUUGCUAUAGUGAUUGUAAUCGUCAUAUUUCGAAGAAGACGUCGAAGAACCGUCAAAUCGAAGAAGCUUAAGAGCGAUAAGUCGAUGUACAACGGAGUGUCUGUCACAUUUAAUUCAUCUUUUCAAUCCAACCACAAAACCUAUAUCGACCCGACAACGUAUGAAGACCCGCAAAGAGCCGUCAGCGAAUUCACCAAAGAAAUAGACGCAACUUACAUUAAAAUAGAACAAGUUAUUGGGGCAGGUGAAUUUGGUGAAGUUUGUCGUGGUCGCCUUCAACUUCCUAAUAAACCAGAGUCCGACGUUGCUAUUAAGACAUUAAAGACUGGCUACAGCACUCAACAGAAACUUGACUUCCUUGGCGAAGCUUCGAUCAUGGGGCAGUUCGAUCAUCCGAAUGUCAUCAGGCUGGAAGGAGUUGUCACUAAAAGUCGACCCUUGAUGAUAAUAACAGAGUUUAUGGAGAAUGGAUCACUUGACGCGUUUCUGAGGAACCACGACAACGGAUUCACCGUCAUACAAUUGGUUGGAAUCCUCCGUAACAUCGCAGCUGGCAUGAAAUAUUUAUCUGAUAUGGGUUAUGUACACCGGGACCUUGCUGCGAGGAAUAUUCUGGUCAAUGCACAACUUAUUUGUAAAGUAUCUGACUUCGGAAUGAGCCGAGUACUCGAAGAGGACUCGGAUGCGGCAUAUACUGCACGGUGCGGAAAAAUCCCGAUUCGUUGGACAGCUCCGGAAGCUUUCACGUACCGGAAGUUUACGUCAGCAAGUGACGUAUGGAGUUACGGCAUUGUGAUGUGGGAGGUGAUGUCAUACGGGGAAAGACCCUAUUGGGGAAUGUCAAACCGUGACGUUAUGAACGCAGUUGAAACCGGAUACAGACUCCCAGCACCCAUGGAUUGCCCGCAAGUUCAACAUAAGCUCAUGUUAGACUGCUGGAAGAAAGAUAGAAACCAACGACCCAAGUUUGGCCAGAUCGUAUCCUCCCUUGAUAAAAUGUUACGAGAUCCAUCUCAGCUUAAGGCGAAAGCAAACGAAGAGGGUUCACGACCGGUUGGUGGGAACACAGCUCUUCGAACUGCGCCCCCACAGUUCACUGCGAAUGGCCACGCGAACAGAAGGUCACACACGAUAACCAACCAAGCUCCUGAUUCUGGAUACAUUGAGGAGACGGACGAAGAAGUUCCACUGGUUACCAGUAAUGGAGAUAAUGAACCAAGACACACAGAGUUAGAUGUUUGGCUCGAAAGACGAGGAUUCUCACAGUUUAAAGACAACUUUAUACGAAACGGCUGCAACUGCGUGGAACAAAUACAGCAACUGACUCACAGUGACUUGGAUAGAAUGGGCAUUACUUCUGCAGAGGACCAAGACGUCUUGUUAUCAGCUAUUCAAAGCUCCAGCAAUGUUCCUGAUAUUCCAAACUACGGAGAAGCUUGUCGAACCGCAGCGAUUUCAGUCUGAAACCAUAGUCGAAAAAAAGAACUUAUCUUUGCUCAGUAGCGCUCCAAGCGGUAAAAUUGGUGGCCGAUUCGGUCCUUGGAGAAAACUACAAUAACUUGUGCUCUUGUUUUCUAAAGAAGCUCUCUCGGCAAUUAUUUCAUACUGAAGUUUCGACGUCCUGUACAGGUUGUCUUUGUCAGGGUAAAUGACACUUAACAGCGCAAAAGUGUAAUGUGCCUGGCAGGGACAGUUUGUAUAACUUGAUGCUUGGGUAACUUGCUUUGCACAGCUAAUUUUACCUGUCCUUGCUUAAAAGUAUCUCAGCAAAUGCGCUUGGCGUCAAAUUCAUAAAGGACCGAAGAAACAAUUAAUGUACUUUCAUCGCAAUUGGUCGUUUUAUUAUAAAGUUUUAUUGCUCUGUGUAAUUUUAAUUGUAUUUUUCGUGUAACGAUUUAUUGAAUCGAUUUAAUAAUUACCUAUCGUGCAUUUAGAUAGCAAAAUAAGCUUUUGCUUAAGCUGUUCUGUUCAUUUUAAAAUAUGUGGCUGCCGUUAAAUUGUUUCAUUUGCUAUUUAUUCAUUGCUUUUUGUGUGUAAGAUGCACAUGAUAAAUGAAAUAACGCAAAAUAAAUUUGCUUCUACAA